AUGGCCGAUCGAUACAGUUUCUCACUCACGACCUUUUCGCCUUCGGGUAAGCUGGUCCAGAUUGAAUAUGCAUUCAACGCUGUUUCUCAGGGUGUGACCAGUGUUGGCAUCAAAGCUACCAACGGUGUCGUUAUUGCCACGGAAAAAAAGUCAGCCUCCAAUCUCGUAGACGAUUCGACUUUGGAAAAGGUAGCAAUGAUUUGCCCCAACAUUGGCAUGGUGUAUUCAGGCAUGGGCCCUGAUUUCCGUGUCCUGGUGUCCAAGGCGCGCAAGGCUGCACAACAAUAUAAACGGGUGUACAUGGAAGAGCCACCAACGCGUAUCUUGGUUCAAGAAGUAGCAAGUGUCAUGCAAGAAUAUACCCAGAGCGGUGGUGUUCGUCCCUUUGGCGUGUCGUUAUUGAUCAUCGGCCACGACGAAGUGACUGGACCCUCGUUAUAUCAAGUAGACCCCUCUGGCUCGUACUGGGCAUGGAAGGCUAGCGCAAUCGGAAAGAACAUGAUCAAUGCAAAGACCUUUUUGGAGAAGCGAUACAACGAAGAAAUGGAACUUGAAGAUGCCGUACACACUGCUAUCCUAACACUCAAGGAAGGCUUUGAAGGACAAAUGACGGAAAACAGCGUAGAGAUUGGCAUUAUUGGCGAAAGCACAGUGGGUGUGUAUGGUGGUGAGCGAAAGAAGAUGCCAUUGUUCCGGAAAUUGAGCUUGAACGAAGUUCGAGACUACUUGGCAAACAUUGCUUAA